AUGACCAUCGUUUACAACAGCAGCCUCCAAAAAGCCACUUUCUUCCUGACAGGCUUCCAAGGUCUGGAAGAUCUCCAUGGCUGGAUCUCUCUUCCCUUUUGCUCCAUCUACUUGGCAGUUAUUUUGGGGAACCUUACUAUCCUCCACGUCAUACGUACUGAGGCUACCCUCCAUGAACCCAUGUACUAUUUCUUGGUCGUGCUAGCCCUCACAGACUUGGGCCUUUGCCUCUCCACAUUACCCACUGUCCUGGGCAUCUUCUGGUUUGAUGCCAGAGAAAUUGGCAUCCCAGCCUGCUUCAUUCAGCUCUUCUUCAUCCACACCUUGUCUCUACUGGAUUCAUCUGUUCUCCUGUCCAUGUGCGUUGACAGCUAUGUCGCCAUUUGCAACCCGCUGCGCUACUCCACCAUCCUGACGCCUGUGCGGAUUGUCAAGAUGGGGCUGGGCUCAGUGGUCAGAAGCACCCUUCUUAUCUUCCCCUUGCCAUUCCUUCUUAAGUGCUUCCAGUACUGCCGCUCCCAUGUGCUGGCCCAUGCCUACAGUCUGCACCUAGAGAUUAUGAAGCUGGCCUGCUCUAACAUUAUUGUCAAUCCCGUCUACGGGCUCUUUGUUGUGGCCUGCACCGUGGGUGUGGACUCCCUGCUCAUCUUUCUCUCAUAUGCCCUUAUCCUCCACACUGUGCUGAGCAAAGCUUCCCACCAGGAGCACCUCCAGGCCCUCAACACCUGUGUCUCCCACAUCUGUGCUGUGCUGCUUUUCUACAUCCCCAUGAUUGGCUUGUCUCUUGUGCAUCGCUUUGGUGAACAGCUGCCGCAUAUUGUACACCUGCUAAUGUCCUAUGUGUAUCUGCUGUACCACCUCUCAUGAACCCCAUUGUCCAUGGCAUCAAGACUAAGCAAAUCCGCCAACGUAUCUUUAAGAAGUUUGAAUUUGUAAAGUCACUUAGCUGUUUUCAGAAG